UGUAAGUUCGAUUCAUGUUGACCUCUUUGAUGAUAUGAUGAUGCAUCAAAAGUAUUUUUCGCGCAGGAAGAGUCAUCUAGUGAUGAAACUAGUCACUAGAUUUGAAUUUGCUAUACGAAAGACACGAAGAAGGACGAUUGUGUUACGAAGCCGAAGACUACCGAAUGCAGCAAAGGGUCGGCCAUCUUUUAUAUAAAAUCUUCGAUUCUUUGCUUCUACACACAUUCGAGAACAUUCUUUUGAUCGUUUUAUGAUUACUCUUGACUGUGCACGUGAAUUGACUUAUAUCUAGUGUUUUAUAUUUACCGUUUUUGUUUGUAAUAAUAAUUGUGAGAAAGUACUUCCUACCUUAUCGACAGGAGUAGCCUGUCAAGCUUGGUUCGCCAGCUUCGCCGCCUCUCCCCACCUAACAACAAAGCUUAUUGUUGUUAUUGAUUGCAAAGGCGAUCGCGGCGGCAUUCGGAUCAGACGGUACUACAACCAAAUCCGGCGUAAAAAAGCGCGCUGCGCUCGCAAAAACACCGGUGACUCGCCGCACGCUCAGCCACCGCUUCCAUCAACUCUCGAAGAAUACCAGAGCCAGGGGCGCACGAUGUCUUCGAAAAAUACGCUCGCCGACCAGGAGCGCAUCAUCAAAGACUCGCUCUUCGCCUUCGUCCGUGCGCACAUCCCCAAUGGCGACCUCUCGCUCAUCGACGAGAUCGUCCUCUCCUAUGUGGUAUCGAUCCUCGAGGACGUCUCCUCCGAUCCGGUCUUCGACGUCGAGGGCUUCUGCGAGAUGAUGUCGGCGUACUUUCCGGAGUUCGAGUCGUUGAAUCACGCGACCGUCUGCUCGUGGAUGUUCGAGCUGGAGGCGAAGCUGCGCGACGAAGCGGCGCAGAAUCGCGACGAGCGGGAUAUCAGCCUGAUGGAGUUAUCCAUGCCGGAGAUACUGCCGUGUAUCAAACCCACUAAACAGGCGGAUGUGGAGGAUGCAGAACUGCCGAAGAGAGUGCACAAGAUCAGCGAGGUGUCCGAUGGGGGCUCGGACUCGUCAUUUGGGGACUUUGCUGAGGAGAUUGACUCGCUACAAGAUAUGUUUCCGCAUGUAUAUGCUCUAGAGAUUAAGCAUUGUUUGGCGAUUGCCUGUGGUGAUCCAGAACGCGCCACGCAAAUCCUCCUCCAUCGCCAGGAGUUGGGCCAGAGUAUCACGAACAACGCCUCGCUGAUUCUCACCACCAACAAGCAGAUCAUCGACGAUGAUGAACUGAAGCAUCGCAUCAUCGAGCGCUAUUCCUACGUGGAUCAGGAGUCGCUCGCGCGUGAGCAUCGCCCCGUCGCGCCCAAAGUGGAGCCGAAGAAGCUGGUGCGCUAUCGCGAUAACAAGAUUGUUUCGUUGAAGGGCGAGCGUUAUACGGAGGUGAAGAAGGGCGACGACGUGGAGGACGUCUCGCUGAAGAAGUCCAAGAAGCAGCAGGCGCACUGUCCGUAACAGAUGGGCGCCGGUUGGGCGCGCCGCCGCCGUCGCCGCCCCAAGCCGUCUCGCGCUCCCGCCGCCCUCCUUCGCCUCCUCCUUCUUGUUCUUCUUGUCGUCGUCGUCGUCGUCGUGGUUAUUGUCGUCGUCGCUGCUCGUCGUCGUCGCGUUAGCGCUCGUAGCUGCUCGUUUAGGUCGUUGUUAGCUAGUUGUUCGUCGAUACGAAUGUUCGGUGUUGAUUGCAUGCAGUAGCUAUAGGGAGCAAGCGAGCGCGGCCAUCUCCGGCGCGUCUCGCUUGCUCCGCAAAUCGAGAAUCUCUAUGUUUUUAGGUACAAUUAGGACACUGUCUGAUUGCCUCGGAGGCGGCGGGCCUCGAUCGGAUCUCUCUCUUGUCGUUUUACCUCCCCCACCCUUUUCUUCUUCUACUUCGAAUCUCAUUUUAUUUUUAUUUUUAUUUUUAUUUUUACUCAACUUGUUUUUGAUAGCUUUAAGUUAGUCUCUAGGUUUUAUUCUCUUUUUCUUUUUUGCGUCGUAAGUUUUAACUACAAAUCUAGUCAUUGUAGGUUUAUUUGAUUCGUUUGUAAGUUUUUGUGCUCUUUUUACACGUUAAUUUAUUAUGCGCGAAGUAACAGUAUUACGUAUGAAAGUAUUUUAUCUCUCAUUUCGAUGUGACGGGAACGAAACACAAAUUGCGAACACACACGCAACACGUACACAACAUGUAUCUGUGAUUUUAAUUGUUAGUAAUGCGUUGGUUGGUUGACAAUUCUUUUGGGUUUUGCCAUCCCUGGGGCGGGCCGCGCGUCCGCUCGAUAUGUGACUUUGUAUUUGUCGAUAUAUGACUUAUAUAUUUCCUCACCACGUCGCUGUGUUUGGACGGGGCGAGUCAUUCUCAACUCAUGUUUCUGUCUUUGAUUUUCAUGAAUACAAAGUUUAAUUCAAA